AUGAGGAAAGCAGACGCAGUAAAGAUCCUCUCAUUUUUACUAUUAACAGUUGAUCUUGUGUCAUCACAGUCAUACUAUAAAGCGAUUAAUUGGGAUAAAUAUGGAAAUGGUGGAUAUUCGGAUUCUAGUGCUAGAGCUGAUUUUGGUUCCGUAACAGGCUGGCGAAACGAACGUGCAAUGAUAUCGAGUGGUACAUUACGUAUUACACUGUUAAAACACGCUUUAUCAGGGGCUGGAGGCAUAAUAUCGAACACUAAGAUACCUGACGGUUCUGCUUAUGAGAUGGACUUUGAUGUCAAAUAUCAUAGCCAGUUUGAUUGGAGUCGCGGAGGUAAAGUUGGUUUUGGUUUCGGUAUCGGUAAUGGUAACACGGGAUGCAAUGUUGCAACUGAUGGAAACGGUGGAACUCUUCGAUUAAUGUGGUAUCAUAAUCCUUCUAAUGGUCGGGUAUACUUGCAGCCGUAUUUGUAUCAUAAAGAUAUGCCGGGUCCAUGUGGUGAGAAUUUUGGAAAGUCGUAUCCUUCAUCAGGUAAGUGGGACGACAACGAUGUGAAGUAUCAAUGGCCUAUUCCCGACAGAAAUGGGAAAAAGCAGCACAACAUUAACAAUGACGUCUAUCUGGCUCAACUCGAUCGCUUGGAAGCCGCUAUCAAAGCCAAACGUCCUCGCAAGAAGAACCACAUCGUGUUUCACCAUGACAACGCCAGGCCACAUGUCGAACAUCGAGUAAUCCAAUCAAUCAACGACAAAGGAUGGGAACUGCUUGAGCACUCACCAUAUGCUCCCACUGAAGCUCCUACAGACUAUCACGUCAAUUGUUCGCUCAAAAAUUGGCAGACGGGCAAAGUCUACGAUGGUUUGGACGAUCUUGUCGCUGAUGUCAAAGCGUGGAUUGCAUCCAAGGAUCGUCACUUUUUUGCACGUGGAAUCGAUCGUUUGCCAAGCAAAUGGGAAGCAGUUAUUGAAGUAGAUGGCGAUUAUGCUCCAGAAUGA